AUGGAUAAGAUACUGGAAGCCGUGGUGAUGUCCUCAUACCCCAACAACGUGAAGCAAGGGCUUGUGAGGCGCGUCAUUGAGGCAGCGAAGCAGCCCAUGGACAGUGAGCAAUGCUGGUCCAUGCUGGAGCUGUCUACCAAACUUUAUCUCACGGGGGACACCAAGUAUAAAAGAGAGAUCGGGAAAGAGGUUUUGGAGGUCUACGGCCACUACCACCCGGAGGAAUUUGAGGAGUUCUUCAACGUCCGCUUCCUGCUGAGUCUCCUCCAGGAAGGCUAUGGACCUCUGGGGAAGAGAAGCCAUUAUGUACUUGAUUAUAUACAAUUAGGACUGCAGUUCAUCUUGGAAAGCCCAUCAGCAAACAGCAUCUUCAGCUUAUUGAGGAUUGAGGUGCUCCGGAAAGUCUGCGAGAGGCCCAGCCCCAAGCAGUGUGCGAAGAUCAGCAAACUCUUAACCCAGCAUCCUCAAUGCAUUCCCACGGGCAAACACCAGGUCUUGUUUUGUCAGCAGCUGAUCCGGUGCAUCGGGCAGUUCCAGUGCGCCUCUGAGGGGGAAGAGGACAUCAUGGAGUUUUUGGAGCAGGUGAACAAAGUGAGCGGUCUGCUGCAGAGGAUCUGGAGGACUCAGACCUCAGCCAUCCUGCCCUCUUUGAAGGAGCUGUUCACUAUCAUUUCUUCAACAGAGGAGCAGGAAGCACCAUCCAACGCCUUGGCCAGUGUGGUCCAGUUUGUCCCUCUGGAGCUGAUGGAUGGCGUCAUAAGAAACAUAACCAAUGAUGACAGCAUCACCGAUGUGCAAAUGAUGACGGCCAUCGGCAGGAUGAUUGACUGGGUGUCCUGGCCCCUGGGAAAGAACAUAGACAAGUGGAUCAUUGCCCUGCUGAAGGGUUUGGCUGCAGUGAAAAAGUUCAGCAUCUUGAUUGAAGUUACUCUUUCGAAAAUUGAAAAGGUCUUCUCCAAAUUGCUGUACCCCAUCGUGAGAGAGGGGGCUUUGUCUGUCCUGCAGUACAUGCUGCUGAGCUUCCAGCACUCCCACGAGGCAUUUCACUUGCUGCUCCCUCACAUCCCCAGGCUGGUGGCCUCUCUGAAGAAGGAGGACUCCAACUCUGCCACCAGCACCCUGGAGCAGCUGGCCGAGCUCAUCCACUGCAUGUUCUUCCGCUUCUCAGGAUUUCCAGAUCUCUAUGAACCAGUCCUAGAAGCGGUUAAAGCUCUUCCUAUUCCAAAUGAAGACCGGAUUAAACAUCUCUUGGGACAAAAUGCUUGGACCUCCCAGAAGAACGAGCUGGCCUGCUUCUACCCACGCCUGGCGUCCAAAUCGGAGACGGGCAAGAUCGGGUUAAUUAACUUGGGAAACACCUGCUACAUGAACAGCAUCAUACAGUCUCUUUUCAUGGCUUCAGACUUUCGGCAUUCGGUGUUGAAUUUAACCGAGGGCAACUCCCAGCCCCUGAUGACAAAGCUCCAGUGGCUCUUUGCGUUUUUGGAGCACAGUCAGCGACCUGCCAUCUCCCCCGAGAGUUUCCUCUCUGCCUCCUGGCCACCCUGGUUCACCCCUGGCGCUCAGCAGGACUGCUCGGAGUAUCUCAAGUACUUGCUGGACCGAUUACAUGAAGAAGAAAAAACUGGAAAAAGGAUCUACCAGAAACUCAAGGAAUCCAGCUUGAUGUCUCCAGCAGUGGAACAUCAUUACUUAAACAAGACAUUGAUUGAGAAGAUGUUUGGGGGUAAAAUGAUGACAAAGAUCCGCUGCUUGAAGUGUCUGAACGUCUCCUCCCGAGAAGAAGCCUUCACAGACCUGUCCCUGGCUUUUCCCCCACCAGACAGGCACGUGCGUGGGAGCACGUCUGUUUUACCGGUGGAAGAAAUUGGCCCACAGUUUAUUGAGCCUCCUGAAAACCCAAGCCAGCUUACGGGGUCUCCCUGGAUCCCGAGGAAGGCCCCCAUGGCCAGAGACCCUGCAGCCCCACCAAUGCCAGUGGAAACAUUGGGUUUCCAGGAGCCAGGAGAAGCGGCAAAUCCCUUAAGUGGCGAUGCCGUCCGCGUGGAUGCAGCCAAAGACUCUCUCUCAGCUUUUGGGGAGCAGGCAUGUGCUCCCAAGGACUCCAGAUCUGUCCUGGAUUUAAUCAACUAUUUUCUGUCCCCAGAGAGACUGACAGCAGAGAAUAAAUACCACUGUGAGAAAUGUGCAUCCUUGCAGGACGCCGAGAAGGUGGCGGAGCUGACGGAGGGUCCGCAUUACCUCAUCCUCACGCUGCUGCGGUUCUCCUUCGACCCACGGACUAUGAAGAGGAAGAAGAUCUUGGACAACGUCUCCAUCCCCGUGGUGCUCAAGCUGCCCAUCCUUGUCGCCCCGGAGGAAACCGAGGAGGUUUGUCGGCGUGAGAAGGACAGGGCUACCCCGGGAAGUGGCUUCAUGUCUGUUGUGUAUGACCUCUGCAGCGUGGUGGUGCAUUCAGGCAUCUCCUCCGAGAGCGGCCACUACUACUGCUACUCCAGGGAGUGCACCGACACCGUCCCCCACGGGCAGCCCCGGGACGGGGCGCCGAAACCAGCCUCCGACAAGCAGUUGGACUUUGAAAUCCAGUGGUACCUCUUCAAUGACACCAGAGUUUCCUUCUCCUCCUUUGAAUCGGUCAGCAACGUCACCUCUUUCUUCCCCAAGGACACUGCCUACGUCCUCUUCUACAGGCAGCGGUCGGGCAGGCAGAGCUGCCUGCUGCACGAGGCUCUGGCUGAGGUUGGCCGCCUGCACGGUGAACCCUCCCUCCAUAAGGACUUGAUGGAAGCCAUUUCCAAAGAUAACAUCCUCUACUUGCAGGAGCAGGAAAAAGAAGCGAGGAACAGAGCCGCCUACAUUUCUGCCUUGCCAAAAUCCCCACUGUGGUGGAAAGACUUUGACAGGGACAAGGAUGAUGACAACUCGUCGGGGGGCUGCAGCCCAGCUGCAGGCGGGGGGGGAUCCGGCUCCUUUCAUGGACUUGUCUUCUAA